AUGUCGACGGAUAUAGUUCGCGCGGGAGUGGUUAUUUUAGCUCAUGCUAUAAAAAAGGAGUUAAAAAUAAAAGAAAAGCAGAAAUUAAGGCACAGAAAAGUGUGGGUAAAAUCAUGGAUAGAAAGACGUCAUAAGUAUGGUGCAUCGAGCAGUUUACUGAAAGAGUUGAAGGAGGAAGAUCCUGUGGCUUACCGAAAUAUUUUGAGAUUAGAUUGUACCCAUUUUGAUGACUUACUCGAGAUGGUGCAUGGAGUGCUCAAAAAAGAUGAUACGAAAAUGAGAAUGGCAAUCCCAGUAGCCACAAAACUUGAAAUUACACUACGUUAUCUAGCAACUGGUGAUUCUUUUAAGUCUUUAGAAUACCUGUUUCGAAUUCCAGAAUCGACAAUAUCGAAGUUUUUGCCAGAAGUGCUCACUGCGAUUUCUCGCGCCCUUCUACCAUUCAUUGAGGUGAGUGAAAAUCAAUUUACUACGACUUAA